CCAUCAUGAGUAUAUAUGGGACAGCUCCCUUCGACGACGAUAGCCGAAUAUCUUUUCUCUUCCAGCGACGAUCAAGAUCAACUCGGUAAUUUCAAGAAGACCAAUUACCUCGACAAGCCCUUCCAAAAUGCGAGCCUCCACCACUCUUCUGGGCCUUGCUGCCUCCCUGCCCCAACUUACUUGGGCCCACGGUUACGUUUCCGGUGUCACCGUCAACGGGAAGUGGACUGCUGGUUCGAACCCGGUCUGGUACUACCUCCCAUCCGGGUCGGCCCCCGCGACCGCAGGUUGGGAUUCUCUGAACCAGGAUCUCGGCUUCGUCGAGCCCGCAAGCUUCGGGACCGUGGAUAUCUCCUGCCACAAGUCCGCCAAAGCAGGCCAGAACUUCAUCGAGGCACAAGCCGGUGAUACGGCCAUCUUCUACUGGAAUACGUGGCCCGACUCGCACAAGGGACCCAUUAUCAACUACAUCUCUCCCUUCCAAUCGAAUGUCGCAGACCUUCGAUGGUCCAAGUUCAGCCAAGCGAGCAUCGUCAGCGGCACCACUUGGGUAACCGACGAACUAAUCGCCAACAACUUCACAACAACCGUCACGAUCCCCCGAAACCUCAGGCCGGGCGACUAUGUUAUCCGACACGAAAUCAUCGCCUUACACGGCGGCCAGAGCGACAACGGGGCGCAAGCCUACCCUCAGUGCCUGAAUUUCAGGGUCACUGGCAGCGGCUCCGUGGCCCCGACUUCUGGUGUACCCGGAACCAGUCUCUACCAGAGGAACGAGCCAGGCAUCAUUUUCAACCUGUACACUUCGUACUCUAGCUACACAUACCCCGGACCUCAGCUCUGGACCGCCGCGAACUAAGAACACAUACGGCACAGAAUAGAUUCGACGCUCCGCCGCUGCACCACACGUCAGAAUCGAAACUCGAUUUGGGUUGUAAGCUAUCAUGGGGGAGGGGGA